UGAGGGCAACUAGUGAAGUUAAACCCACUUCACUGAUCCUCAGCAUAAUCACGACAAAGGAAGGCACUUACCUGCUCUGUUCCUUUCCCCGCUCCUGCGCCCGGCCGUUAGGAAUUAGGAUGGAGACGCAGAAUCUAACUCCCGCCCUCCAGCGACUCCGACUCCGCGAAUCCCCCCCUCCUCUCCUCACCUCUCCCCACCAAAACCCUAACCCUAACCCUAACCCUAACCCUCGCCUCCGCCCCUCCAAAUCCACCGCCUUCAAGCGAGAGGAGAGGCGGAGGCGAAAGGAGCGCAAGCGACAACAGCGGCUCCAAACCCUCCUCGACCACCCCCCACCGUCCCUUCCCCCCGAUCCAACCGUCUCCGAUCUCCCAUGGCCGUGCGAUCCCACCCCCUCCUCCCCGCCCACCCCCACCACCGCAUGGCCCGCCGCCGCCGCGGCGUCGGCGGCGGCGGUGGCGGUGCCUGCUCCCUCCGCCGCGGCGCACGCAGGCGCGCUUAGGGCUUCGCGGGCCUUCUUCGCCGAAUGGAACGGCGAGGACGAUGACUCGGAGGAGGAGGAGGGGGAGGGGGAUGCGAUCGGGGGUGGCGCGGCGCGCGGGUUCUUCAAGGGACUGUUCGCGCGGGACGGGGAGUUGAGGGAGUACUACGAGAGGGAGUGGGCGCGGGGGGAGUUCCGGUGCCUGGUGUGCGAGGGGGUCGGGGCGCGGGCGGGGAAGCGAUUCGGGGGCUGCGCCGCGCUGGUGCAGCACGCCGCCGCGGUCGCGCAGACGCGGGCGCGGCGCGCGCACCGCGCCUUCGGGAGCGUCGUGCGCCGCGUCCUCGGCUGGGACGACCUCCAGGUCGAUUCUUGCGAGGACGUUGCCUCUAAUGAAGAUGAGUUUGCUGCAACUGCUAUGGAGACUUAAGAUCGAGGAUGGAACAUCAUCAGUGUUUUACUGGUUCUCAUGCUCAUCCUACGUUUGAUAGACACUGUUCUUCUCAUCCUAUGUAUCUGCAUCAACGCCAAUGUAUCGGUAUAUCAACGCAUUGCUUAUUUAUUUUAUGGCCUCUCUGUUCCAUCUCAUCUUAACCCUCUUGCCACUUGAAAAUUCGAUGAUAACAAAAUAAUCAAGGGAUAAGCAUUUUAUCCGGUAUA